AAAAGUUUCUGUUUCAACAUAGACGCGAUAUAAGUGUGAACAACAUGAGCAUGAAAAAGAAACUCAAACAAGACAAGACAGGAGAUUAAUUCAGAUCCGGAAGACGAACCGUUCACGUGGUGUGAUAAUUCAGUAUGGUGGACAGUGUUUACCGUACACGCUCUCUCGGUGUAGGUGUAGUUGGUCUUCCUGAUCAAUAUGCCGACGGUAAAGCAGCGAAAGUGUGGCUGCUGUACAUCGGAGACACUCGAAGCAGGACAGAGGAGUACAAGAGCUGGUUGCUGUCCCUGCUCAGAAAACAUGGGGUACAGAAGGUGUUGGAUGUAGCCUGCGGCACAGGGGUGGAUUCCAUCAUGUUGGUAGAAGAGGGAUUUAAGGUGGUUAGUGUGGAUGCCAGUGACAAAAUGCUCAAAUAUGCUCUUAAAGAGAGAUGGGAGAGGAGAAAAGAGCCUGCCUUUGAUAACUGGGUAAUUGAGGAGGCCAACUGGCUAACGUUACCAGAAGAUGUUAAAAAACCUGGAGAUGGGUUUGAUGCAGUAAUCUGUCUAGGCAAUUCAUUUGCUCAUUUACCAGAUUUCAAAGGGGACCAGAGUGAUCACAAGCUUGCCUUACAAAACAUAGCCAGCAUGGUGAAACCUGGAGGGAUCCUAAUCAUUGACCACCGUAACUAUGAUUACAUCCUUGAGACUGGCCAAGCACCCCAAGGAAAGAAUAUUUACUAUAAGAGUGACCUAAAACAGGACAUCUCCACCUCAGUGCUGUGGGUUAAUAGCAAGCCUCACAUGAUCACACUGGACUACACUCUGGAACUGCCUCAACCAGUGGAUGUUCAGACUCCACCUGAUACAAGUAAAUUCCGCCUGUCAUACUACCCCCAUCGUUUGGAGAGUUUUAAGGAGAUUUUAAGAGCCUCAUUUUUUGGAAAAUGCGAGCACAAUGUAUAUGGAGACUUCAAGCAAUACACCCCAGGGCAAGGAGAGGUGCCCUGUUAUUUCAUUCAUGUGGUUAAAAAGACUACUUAAAGCCACAUGCAUUCUGUCAAAUUUUUUUUUUUUUUUUUUUUUCACAUGGAAAAUUGGUUGGGAAAAUUGGUCUGUGCAAAAAAAAAAAUACUAGGGCUUGCAUGACAUUAUUUUAGUACUUUUGGUUUGUUGGGGGGAUAUGUUUAGCUCUUUUUAUUUACUCUGUCAUAUUACACAUUCUUAAGCAUGAACAUUUUACUUUACAGAACACUGCUAAAAGAAUAUCACACAGAAUGUGUUUUUGUGUUCCGCUGUGCUGCUUAAUUGUUUUUUUUUGUUUGGUUUUUUUUUGUAAACAUGCACAAGACUGAUGUCUUUCUGUCAAAAUAAAAAGAUAAAUGCAUAACCCCUUUAUCACCCCUGAAUAUUAAAGCAUUGUUGAUUAUGCUAUGCAAUAUAAACGGAUAAAUAACUAAUAUAAAAAUGGUUGUGACAAGUCUGCAGGUACAUCCAUGCUAUUCAGACUAACAGCACUAAUUGUGCUGUAAUAUUACUUUUAAAAACAAGCAAUAUCAUUAUAGCCAGUUACUCUGUUUGAAAGCUGAAGUAGCAAUUCAUACUGUGUUCAAGAAGCAUGCAGUGUGAAUGUUUAAAAUAAAUCGAGUUGAGUUAAUAAUUUAAUUUCUCACUUAUAAAGACAGUUGUUUCCAACUUCUUGCUUAACAUUGUAACCUGAAGAAAGAAUUGCUGAAAAAUCCUUAUUAAAUUAAAUUAUGCACAGACUGUUGGCCUGUUAUGGUGCGAACACAAAUAAAAAAGAUUUUACAAACAGUGUAAUUAAAAACGUGAUUGGGGUGUACAUUAAACUUCGCUUACACAUACAUAAUGAACCUUGAAUACACAGUAUGAAGUAAUCAUACAUAUGUGUAUAACUGAAUGUUCAGACGAAUACAUAUCACUGCUGUGUCUUUCAAAAAUGAUUUUAAGUGCUGAUUCUUUUGGGGGGGGGGGUUUAAAUAUGCACUAGCUGAUACAUAGUGUAAUGAUUGGUAGGUAUGCAAAUAUUAAAUAAAGGUAUACUGGACCUUUUUUUUUUUCCCCCUUUUCAAAUUGUGUAUUAUCUUAAACAUCUCAUGGAGUUUUUCCAGUGUUUCUUUUGGUUUGCUCAUUGGUGGUUGUAAGGCUUUAUUUUAUUUUCCUUCAUUGUGUUGACCCAUAUCAAAGUCCUUUGACACUCACACAAUGUAAAGACUGUUGAAUUCCAAAAUAAAAGCCCUUCAAAAAUCCA